AUGCCUGCCAACUUUAACGCACCACGACCUUUCUCGGCCACGACGCCAGUCUACCCAAGCUAUCUCCCCGCUCUACACAAGUCGGGGCGCAUCGAGAGGACAAUUGCCACCGCGACAGUCGCAGCCGUAGGAAUUGGAUACGGCUUGGCGAAAUACAAAGCCAUUAAGGCCAACAAGUGGCAGCAGGAACACCACGUCCAACAGGAACAACUGUUCCGCAGCGCAGAAACCAUUCCAGCGACCGUGCCCAUACCCGUACCUACGGCAGAGACCAGUCGGAAUGAGGCCGUAGAGAAAGCCUACGGGGAUCGCACGAGCCUUACCGAGCUCGAAGCUGCCAUCGCGGUAUACGAGACGCGGCGGAAGAACUAA